AUGUCGACACAGAGCGUCCAGUGCUUCGGCAAGAAGAAGACGGCCACCGCCGUCGCCCACUGCAAGGCCGGCAAGGGUCUCAUCAAGGUCAACGGCCGCCCUCUUCAGCUCGUCCAGCCCGAGGUUCUCCGCUUCAAGGUCUACGAGCCCAUCCUCGUCGUCGGCCUCGACAAGUUUGCCAACAUUGACAUUCGCGUCCGCGUCACCGGCGGUGGUCACACCUCGCAGGUCUACGCCAUCCGUCAGGCCAUUGCCAAGUCCCUCGUCGCCUACUACCAAAAGUUUGUCGACGAGCACUCCAAGAACCUGCUCAAGCAGGCCCUCGUCGCCUUUGACCGCACCCUCCUCGUCGCCGACAACCGCCGCUGCGAGCCCAAGAAGUUUGGUGGUCGUGGUGCCCGUGCCCGUUUCCAAAAGUCUUACCGAUAA